AUGUAAAAUAAAAAAAAUGACAUACCAUUUCAUAAAUAGUAAUCAUACCCCAAUAUUAAUCCCAAAAAUAAUCAAUAGGUAUAUUGAUCUAUAAUAAAUCAAAAGGAGGAAAUCUAUUUAGAAGAAUUAAUUACAUAUUCAAAAAAAGCAAAUACAACUAUAUUUUUAAAAGAGUAUUAAUUGAAUUAAGCAAAAAAUAUUUAUUUCAUAAUUAGGAUUUUAUUAAAGGGGAAGGAUGAAUAAAAGUUAUUUGAAACAUAUCCAGAUUUAAUCUUCUUAUUAAGAAGAGGGCUUACUAUAUUAUAUUUGGAUAAUAAUUACAGUAUUUUGAGAAAAGGGCUUCCAAAAUUUUAUGAUUUUUAGAGUGAAAAAGUAAAAAAUGAAAAUUAGUUUUUACGUAAAAACUAAUUACAUAAGGCAUAUUAGUCAUUAAAAUAAAAAAUUCCUGUUACUAUUGUUUAAUAACAAUAAGAAAAUGGAGAUAAUUUUUAAAUUUCUUUUUCUUCCAUAUUAUAAACAUGGGUUAUUUCAUCAAAAAAUGACUCUAUAUUUUGUAAGAAUUAUGAAGACUAUUUAUAAAAUUGUCCUAAUAAGGAUAUAGAUUACCAAGAAAAUUUUCCUUGGUUGAUUGCUAAAAUUUGGUUUUCUUAAAUGAUUGAUAAAAAUGUAGAAUAAUUAUAAAAAGAUUUAACAGAUUUUACAUUUGUUGGAGAAUUUGUUCAUAAUUCUUUUUUUAUUCAUAUUAUUGAAUACUAAUAACCUGCCUUAAUAUUUUUUGCAUUAAUAAAUAAUCAUGUAAUUUUGAAUUAUUUUUUUUGUAAAGAAAUUUUUGUUGCCAUACAUAAUAAGCAGAACAUUUGGCGAAUAAACAUAAUCUUCAUUUUGUAAAAACAAAAUAUAUACAUGCAAAUAAAUAAACUAUAUUAGAUAAUCACCUAUACAGAAUAUAUGUGA